UUUUUAAUAUUCCCUUCUUUCGGGGUCUUCACUUCCGUUUCCUCGUCGUCACGGCCACACAGAACUGAUUUUGGUUUACACUACGAGACAAAUAAUGAAUACAUCGGUACCGGGCUCAACUCACCCAGCGGACGAUUUAAGCUGCUUAUAGUAACCUGUCUGACCGACGCCGCUAGACUUAGUGGUUUCAAUCUCCCGUUUAGACCAAUAUGAGCAACUUGUGUGUGUUUGCAUUGACUGCAGUGAGCUUACAAAGUGCGCAGAGGGUCUUAUCUCGGUAGCUAGCGUUAGCUCUGCAGAGCUGCUAUCUGUGGCCCGCCCUGGCUGUAUCUAUCACUGGACAGGUACUUUUCGAUAAGCUAAGACUCAGCACCAUGAAUCUCUUGCGUCUAGUGUGCCGCCACAAGACAGCGCUGGUCAUUGGCACUGUGUGCAGCUUUGCUGUAGUUCUGGUCUUCUUGGCCAAAUGUACCUCAGAAACCCUGAAACAGGGCCACCAGGAUCCUCCUGGCCUAGCCCCUCAUGCCAAUGCUUUGCAGCCCCGUCCAGAGCAGCCUAAUGCCCCCUCCACAUCCAAAGACUCGUCAGCAUUCCUUGUGGUCCUCAUCACAACCGGACCUAAGUACACAGAGCGGAGGAGUAUCAUCCGCAGCACGUGGCUGGCAAAGCGGGACUCUGAUGUUCGGGCCAUGUUUGUGGUGGGAACUCAGGGACUUCCCAAUGAGGACCUUCAGAAUCUUAACACCGAGCAAGGGCGGCACAAGGACUUGCUUUUGUUGCCUGACUUGCGAGAUUCUUACGAGAACUUAACUCUGAAGCUGUUGCACAUGUACUCCUGGCUGGACCAGAAUGUGGAGUUCAAGUUUGUCUUCAAAGCAGAUGAUGACACAUUUGCUCGCUUGGACCUCCUUAAGGAGGAGCUGAAGGGGAAAGAGCCUAAUCGGUUGUACUGGGGCUUCUUCUCAGGGAGGGGGCGAGUGAAAACAGCUGGGAAGUGGCGGGAAAGCUCUUGGGAGCUUUGUGACUACUACCUGCCGUACGCACUGGGUGGCGGAUACAUCCUCUCAGCUGACCUGGUGCAUUAUGUGCAUCUUAACGCAGGGUACUUCAAGACGUGGCAGAGUGAGGAUGUGUCACUGGGUGCCUGGCUGGCACCAGUGGAUGUUCGGCGGACACAUGACCCACGCUUUGACACAGAGUACAAAUCGCGUGGUUGCAACAACAAAUACCUGGUGACACAUAAGCAGAGCUUGGAGGACAUGUUGGAAAAGCACCAGACUCUGCAGCGUGAUGGCAGGCUCUGCAAGGAGGAAGUCAAGCUGCGAUUAUCGUAUGUGUAUGACUGGAGUGUGCCACCCUCACAGUGCUGCCAAAGGAAGGAUGGCAUUCCUUAAUUUUUGUCCUUUUUACAAGGCUGAAGUUGGCUUCUGAUUUGUAUUAUUCAAUUUGGGAAAAGAUUAAGACAUAAUGUUUUUCAACCAAUUCUCCAUUGUUACACUAUUUUAAGUUGUGUGACGGGUCCCAGAUAUCAUAAAAAAUGCCUUAAUCCUGUUUAAAAACCCCACUUUCAGAUUCAGAGAACCAUUUUUCUCAUGCCGUUAACAAAAAAAAGGGUGAUUUCAAUGUUUUUCGUCACGUAGACCAUGUAAGAGCAGGUUAAAAAACUAUAGUGAACUAGAGUUUUCAUGUUCAUUAAGUAUAGGUUUGACCAAUUAAGGCAUGAUGGUUUUUGAGCUAGACCUGGUCUAAUGUGGUCUAGAUGGAGGAAAAGUAAUGACAUUACCUCUUUUUUCAGUUUUCACAAACCUAAUAAAGGUUUACCAAAUAAAGAACAGGAUUUUUUCUACUAUCUCUGAAGUCUCUGUGUUAAUCUAGUCCAUUUGAUGUGGUCUGGAUGGAGAACAAGUAAUUGAAUCACACAUUUUUUCUGUUUUUGGAAGCAGAACUUUAAGUGGAGUAACAAGAGAGAAAUGACUCAAAAAGAACAUCCCAUAACUCUUAAAUAGGAAGCUAACUUCAGCCUAGUGUCCUUUUUGACUUGUAAACUCCUUUGGCCUUGUUAUUUGGACCCAUGCUUAUGUCAGUGCUCUCCUUACCUACAGUUUACCACACUGGUGGCCUACUUCUCUCCUCUGUCAGUGCUUCUUCUGCUGUACCUUUUGCUUAAUAUUUUCCAGCACUAUGAGAUAUGUUUAAGGUUAUUUCAGUGUAGUAGAUAGUACAGUGAAACACAGAUGGGAGAUUCUUAUCCUGCCAUGAUGUCUACAUUUUUUUGUGUGAAAGCAAAUUGUUUUGUAUUUUAUUUAUUGUUAAUUUAUUCUGCAGCAAACACAACACACUGAUAUUGAGCUGGGACAGAAGCACAGUGGCUGUGGUUGCUGUUUGUGAGUAGAGUUUGUAUUUAUAAAUGUGUUGGGGGGGCUCGUAUAUAAUUCACCGAAUUAAUGGUCAAGAAAUGUUAACUUUUUAAAUGUAAAACCUUUGUUUACUGCCAAUGGUACACAAUGUGUCAUGUGUUUUGGAGGUACAAAGAAUGUGUAAGAGAAAAUGGUUUAAUGUGCUUUAUUCAGCAGGCCUUCUUAUUCCUGAAACAGUCUCACUUUAAAGGUUCUCUAUAUAACUUUCAGAAAACUGUUGUUCAUAGUGACACCAGUGUCUGUUGAGGGAACUGCAGUCAACAACACGUUGCUCGCAUUUGCACUCUGUACACAGUCCGGGCGCAAGCUAGCAUCUUAGGCAUCGGCCAAAAGGGACAAACUGUACACAAGACUGAAGGCUGGAAAAUACAGUUACAGUCAUGUUUAGAAUAACAUUACUUUCGGCAAUGUUGCUGUAUUUUAUUUGGACCAUUGACUUCAUGCUACUAACCAGCUUGCUGUUUACAAAUCCCAUCAGCCAACACCAUGAAGCAACCAAUGUCAGACACACAACACGCAGCCAAGCCACAGCUUAGCUUAGGCUACAGUUAGCUAGCUGGAUGCCCCUGCCCCCGGCAAUCCUUUGUUUUGUUUCCGUUACGUAGUUUAUUGUUGGCUAAAAUCAACACAGUUUGUCAUACUACAUAAGUUAGUAUCAUGGAUCAUGUUAGCUGGGAAAGUAAUUUUGCAAGCUAAUGUUAGCCAACGGACAUAUCAACUCAUCUCACGUUAGCGAGCAGGGAAGCUAAGGUUAGCCAGCCAGCUGAAUAACGUUAUCCGGCGCUGGCUGCCCCCGCAGUGACAGCCGGCAAAGUAACCUACAUACGUAAAGGUAGCCAGAUCACCACCUUAAUUAAUACAUACACAUAAUACGUAAAUUGCUUCAGAUCUUACGAAUGGAACCUUUAAAGUUUAGGUCAGUAUAUUUACUGUGCAUGGAUAUCAAGUUAUUGGUGAAUGUUUGUUUGCAGCUUCAGAUUGAGAAACUUGAUAUAGACUACCAGCUGGCACUUGGUCACUUUUUUUUAAAUAGAAAUAUAAUUUUAAAGUCCAUGAGUCAUUAUUCAAUGAUGUGAUGUCAGUAGCUGUGUCCCAAAACUUGUGAAAUGUGUACAGCGUUGACUUAAAGGGUACGAUAUGUUGGAGCACAAACAGAUGAGGAGUGCUGCUCAAAGAGCCACGUCCAAGUUCAUUUUAAUGACCGCUGUUACGUUUUUAUAAACAAUGACAUGAUUAUUUUUCACUGUUGUCACUAGCAGAUUCUGAUCCAAUACAAUUUAAGUUUCAGUGUUUGUUUUUACGUACAUGGUCAGCCUCCCUGGAUGUUUUAUUAAAAACUUUCAAUGUAUUUUUGUCAUUUAUAUUCUUAUAUAGUCAUUGUAUAAAAAGGAUGUGUCAUAGUCAAAAGCAAACAUGUUGUAAAAGUCUCUACAAAAGGCAGAAUUGUUACCAAGAGGACUUGAUAAAUUAUUUUUAAACAAAACUUUAUAUAGCCAUUAACAAAUGGUUCUAACGUAAAAACACCCUUUUUUUUGCUUGAUGGCUUAAACACAACAUUUUAACUCCAAAUUAUCAAUAAAUUGAUGAUCCAUUAUGCUUAAACAUUACUCUCAAAAUAAAUGAGUUUUGGUUAAUCCAAUCUGAAAAAUA